UAGAUACAGACACAACCGAUGAUGACGCUGAAACAAUUAACAGUCUCAUGCAAACGCUGCACGUGAUUUUAUCUCGCGAGGUGUCAGUUAUGCGAGAUUGGGGAUGACAUGCGAGUAUAUUGGCCGUUAAAUAUUCAAGGAUGGAUCAUAUGACGAGAGAGUCUUGCAUGUACCAAACCCUGUGUAGAUCUGAUUUUAUUUGUUGAUAAAUUAUGGAUGCUCCUCAAACACUGAUGUUGAGUAAUCAAGUCACUGUGAUGUCCAAGACGGAUGAGGCGAGGCCAGGGAGGUUGAAGUUGGUGCUGCUCGGCAACCAGCACGUCGGCAAGACGUCACUGUUGCAGCGAUAUGUGAACAACGUGUACAACCCAGCGUAUACACACACAAGAGGUGGCGACAUAUUCAAAAAGGAAAUGAUGGUCGAUGGCAGACGAAUUAAACUCAAAUUUAUGGACACGGCCGGGCAGCCUGACAUCAAGUCUCUUAUAAGGAGUUUAUACAGAGACGCCAACGGCAUUAUGGUAGUGUUCGACGUGACGAACGAGCACAGCUUCGAGAUGGUUGAAGGAUGGAUCGACAGAGUGACAAAGGAUAUUGAGCCAAAGCCUCAGUUGAUGAUGGUUGGAAACAAACAUGACCUCACCGCCCAUAGGACCAUAGAGAUGGACCAGGCCAAUGCGAGAGCGGGUUCCUUUUGUGCUCCAUAUUAUGACGUCAGUGCCAAGACAGGAGGCAACGUCAAAGAGGCGUUUGAGACCUUUAUUCGGAAGACAUGGCGGAAUCUACAACCGAAUUCAAACAGAGAAAUGAGUAGCUCUAUCCGCCUUGAAGAGACGAGUGAAGACGGCGGCCGAAUAUGCUGUGGGAGCUGACGCCGCCGGAGAAACCGCGACCUGCACCUUCAUUCCCCACAGAACAUCUCAACAGGAACUCAGACCAUCGUUUGUUGGUGCAGUGACUGAAACCUGUGACACCUGUAAAGACGUCACACAUCUCGAGCAGGCUCGGUGUCAAACAAACUAUUUUUGACAGCACGUGGAAAUCGUGCUGGUACAUCCACGCCCACUGAAUACACGCGCUAGUGUGUCGGGGUGCGUUCACAGUGACGAUGCAGCAAGGUAACCUUUACAUAAACAAUGUGAGGCACCACAUGCUGCUAAGCAAAAUGUAGCAACUGCUUAGCAAAAUGUAGCAACUGUUUAGCAAAUUGUAGCAACUGCUUAGCAAUAUGUAGCAACCGUUUAGCAAAAUGUAGCAACUUCUUAGCAAAAUGUAGCAUC